UCGCAUUACCAGGAUCACAAACGUCCGCGUGAGACCAAACAGAUACCUAAGCUGUCAGACACCAGAGGGGGAAGAUGGGGUUGAAGCCGCUUGUUGUUACUGUGUUGUUAACCUUAGCGGUUGCUUACUACAUUUACAUGCCGCUGCCUGAUGCUAUCGAGGAGCCCUGGAAGUUGAUGGUGGUUGAUGCUGGGUUUCGUUCAGUCAUGCAACUGGCCUCUUUGAAAUCCUGGCUGGGCCUUGAUCAUUACAUCAUGUCAGUCAGACAGUCAGUAGAGGGCUACGAGAGUACAAUGAGGUGGCUCCUGAGCUCUGAGCAAGGUGGAGGGGUCAUGCCAGGAAUGAAAGUUAGCGACAUCACUUUUGCUGGAACCCCAGUGAGAGUUUAUGAGCCUCCGGCUGGAGGGGAAGGCCAUUUGAGGAGAGGGUUGAUGUUUUUCCAUGGAGGUGGCUGGGCCUUUGGCAGUGGCAAGGUAGGGACAUACAAUGCCAUUAACCUUAUGGUUUCAGACGAACUCAACACUGUUGUGGUCUCUGUGGAGUAUCGUUUGUAUCCAGAGGUACACUUUCCAGUCCCUUAUUUAGACUGUCUCGCUGCUGCCAAACACUUCUUAUCACCAGAGGUUUUGGCCAAAUAUGCAAUCGACCCGGAACGUGUGGCUGUGUCAGGUGACAGCGCUGGAGGAAAUCUGGCUGCUGCAGUCGCUCAGGAGAUUUCCACUGAUGACAGUCUGACUGUGAAAUUCAGCGUCCAGGCUUUGAUCUACCCAGUGCUUCAGGCUCUGGAUUUCAACACGCCCUCCUACUUGCAGAACCAGUACAUGCCCAUCCUCACACGAAAAGUUAUGAUCCACUUCUGGCUGCAGUACCUUGGCGCUGACCUUUCCCUGAAGCCCCAGCUCUUAGCAAACAAUCACAGUGCCUUACAACAUUCAGCUUACACCCCAGAGCUGAGGUCACGGUUGGACUGGAGCGCCCUGCUCCCUCAGAAGUUCAAGAAGAACCACAAACCUUUCGUCGUGGAGAAGGGACUGCAUGAGGUCCUGAAGAAGGUGCCAGGGUUUCUGGAUGUACGAGCAGCACCUCUCUUGGCUGGACCAGAGGUGCUGACUAAGUGCCCGCGUGCAUAUAUCCUAACGUGUGAGCAUGACGUGCUGAGGGAUGAUGGGUUGAUGUAUGCUCGGCGCUUACAGGACGCAGGAGUCUCAGUCACCACCGACCACUAUGAGGGUGGCUUCCACGGAUGUUUCAGCUUUAUAGCCUGGCCAAUGGACUUUGAUAUUGGGAAGAAGGCAGUCAGGUCUUACAUCAGCUGGCUGCAGAACAACUUGUAAAAGCAUUCAUGAGUUUUUGCAUGCUUGCACUGGCCCUCACUUUAUGAGCAACCGACUUGAUAAAAGGGCUUGUUGUAAAUGGACCUGUUGUCCAAAACUAUGUAACAUCUAAGCUCAGGACCUUCACGUGCCUGCAUGUCCACUCUCAGUACAUGUCAAGUUUUUAUACUGAAAGCAUCAGUGCAGCUAAAACUGUGAUCACCUAAAACACUUUUUCAGCUACUGGCUUCACACUUAUGGAUGAAUUAUGCAGCUGUUUUCACUGGGAGGCAUCAAACUUGUGCAUUCACUAAAAUCUACACAACACUUAACUGUUGGUUAAAUGAUCCAUAACUUUGAUUCAACAAUUAUGUCCUGUGGUUUAAGAUUACUUCACCUAC